ACGAGAGAGAGAAUUGGAAUCUUGCACGAGUGUAAUUUCGUGAGUGAAUUCUCGUCUGAUAAUCACACCAAAAUGCGUGAGAAGAAGCUGUGUGACUCAUCUACAUGGUCCGGUCGCCGUCAGCUGUAAUCAGCUAUAGACGGGAGAGAGAAUCGUCGGAGAGCAGCAGCACAUGAAUUUGUUAUCAACUGGAGCGUGUAGUCGAGAGAUGCAUGGUGUACAUACGGCGUUCCCGGGGGUCAUCGGGGACACCAGCGAUGAUGAUUUAGUGUGAGCAGUUGUGGCAGUUUGCGUGGGAGUAUUGCCCUGGUCUGGUCUGGUCUGGUCUGCUGAACCUGUCCCGGCGAGCAGGUCAUUUGCAUACCAAAACAGGACUCCACGACGAACAACGUGAAUAACGUGGUGAAAAUCCCGUAGACUAGACUGGUGUACGACACUCCUCAUCAAGCGGGAUUAUUGUGAAACGGGGUGGAAAUUGUGGAAAACUAACUAACCCACUGUGCUAUGUUAGUAGAGCUAUAUAGUGGAUAGCUUGGAAAAGAUGAGUCACAUCGACACGAUGACGAUGGGGUUGGGAAAAGUGGAAGCAGUAGCAGAGUUUGCCGACCUGCUGCCCGUUGACCGUGAAUAAUUUGUCGAGGGAGUUGUGAAUGUGAUUCAAUUAACACCCCUCCCCCUACGGCACCUUUCUCUGGUCACGUUCAUCAAGGUGUACCCAAAAGUACAUAUAGAAUCACAGGAAUCCGUCCACCAAAAUAGAAAGGGGCGGGGGAGACUAGGAAGUGUGUCGUGCCCCGGAAACUGAACUCAUCUAUCUCGCGUGGUAAACGGCUAUACAGACAAGUAGCAUAAUGCCACAGAGUGACUACGUGAUUAUUAAGACAAAGUCCUACAUCAUCAGAAUGAACCGAGAGGAGAACCUGUGCUGGUUCCACGGGAAGAUCUCGCGCGAACGGGCCGAGGAAAUCCUCCGUCAAGAGGGCGGCGAUGGCGUGUUCAUGGUGCGCGAGAGUGCCUCCUCGGAGGGGGACUUUGUGCUGUCGGUGCUGUUCCAGGACGAGAUGGUCCACUACCAGAUCCGGCGGCACGGCGACGAUGCGUUCUUCUCCAUUGACGAUCAUACGCCGAUCCACGGGCUGGAGUCGUUGAUCGAGCACUACAGGGAAUCUCCGAACGGGUUGGUGACGAAGCUGCAGGCGAUCUGCCGGGGUAAACCGCCACCGCAUGACGUGCGGAGUCACGGCACGGAGAAUCUGCUGCACAGGGCGACGCAGGCGAACAACUUCCCGAUCGUGUCGGAGCUGCUCAAGUGUGGGUACAGGAACAUUGACUCGAAGAACGGGGAUGGCAAGACGGCGGUGCAUUUGGCGUGUCUUCACGCGGAGGCCAAGAUUCUGGACGCGUUGAUCGAGCGAGGUUGCAGCAUUAAUAACCGGGACGCGCAGGGCAAUACGGCGUUGCAUUACGCCUGCCGGAACAAGGAUGGGCUGGAGAUGGUCCGAUCGCUGAUAGCUGCGGGUGCCAAUGUGCAGGCUCGCAACAAGGACUCGGGUUGGGUGCCGAUGCACGAAGCGGCUUCGAACGGGAAUCUUGAGGCCGUCAAGGAGCUGUUGGCACAUCGAGUUCCGCACAUGCCACGUUCCGGAUAUGGAGAGCUUCCGACUGACUUGGCGAAGGACAACGGUCACACUGCGGUGGUCGAUUUUCUGAACAGCUACGAGCCUGCUCAACCGUUGACUAACAAGAGUCAGUGGUACCACGGAACGUUGGACAGACAGAUCGCGGUUGAUAUCCUGAAGGAGCAUGCGGUGAAACUGAUGCCAGGAGCUUGCAGUCCCAGCAAGGAGGACAAGGAAAACGACUCGACUCGGUCAAACGACAAUGAAUCGCUGGACACCUCCGGUGUUUAUCUGGUCCGAUACAGUCCGAAGCAGGGCGUAGACGUGCUGACUCUGCUGUUCGACAACGAGGCAAGGCAUUUCAUCAUCCAGCGCAAGCAAAACUACCUCUACAUUGACGAUGGACCGUACAUGGUUUCGCUGGAACAUCUGAUCGAGCACUACAGCCGUUUCUCGGACGGCUUGCAGAUCAACCUCAAGUAUCCGGUGCCGCCAAAGCCGAAGCCUCCGAUUCCGCUCUUCUCGACAAUCCCCAAGACCAAGCACAAAAAGCCGAUGACACCAGAAGACUCGCCAACACAGUCAACUCGAUCAAGCAACGGGACCACCUCCUUCUUCCGUAAAUCCAGCGACAAUACAAUGCAACCGAAGCCGCACCACCCGGCUCCAGUCCGUAACCUGUCCGUACCGAACGACGCCAUGCUCCAGCAGAUGAACAAGGUCGGACUGUUUGACCGAAGUCCGGAACGCAGCACGAUUACGCCCAAAUCUUCACCCAACAUCGACGAAAGCAAGUCCAAAUCAACCAACUCAACGCUGAAGAAAAAGAAGAACAUCAUCAUCGACGGCGUCAAGAGUCUGCGCAAGAGCAAGAUCAAACCGAAACCUCCCGCCGAGGACAGCCAGCUCAACCGCGACAGCCUGAUCGCCCAAGUCACGUCAUCCGCGCUGCUCCAGCAGCUCUCCUUCUCGUCCGACUUUUCCCUAUCCCCAACCUCGGACGAGCUGUACAACACCCCGACCAACAACUGUGCCAUCGUAGACAUCGACAUCGGCGAGCCACCCGUUCCGUCCAAACGCUCCACCGACACGAUCAACAACAACGGAAGUCCUGCGCACGGAUCGCAAAGCGAAGCCAACGAAGAACCUCCCCACGAUUACUUCACCGAAAGCGACAAAACCAUCUACGGCGAGACCCAGCUAGGCGACAACAGCAACGAAGAGAUCUACUUUAUCGACGCGCCACCAACGGUGCAGGCCCCAAGUCCACCAACGACAGUCAACAACAAUCCCCCUCCCCCAGUCCCAACAACCACCGCCACAACAGGAAAUUACAUCGCCACCCGGAACGUCCCGAUCAUCAGCAGCAUUUCCGUUGAAGAGUGCAGCUCCCCGCUAAGCCCACUAACUCACGCCUUCCGCCCAGGUGGACCCUUCGAGCGGCUAGACUCAACGCUCUCCACCUUCAGCCGCGACAGCAUCCAAAGCGGAGACUCCGAGUUCCUGUCCAUCAUCCAGCAGCAGCAGGACGAGGACACCCGCACCCAGCUGAACCGAAGCAUAUCCGCCCAACCCAACUACUUCAUCCCGAAGGAGUGCAUCGUGCUGAAGGAAGUGCUCGGCCGCGGAGAGUUCGGCUUUGUCUACCAAGGUCUUCUGGAACCAGCGCAAUUCCUUCCCCUGGCAGCAAACUCCCCCAACGAAAAGGUCCCCAUCGCGAUCAAGCAGCUCGUCGAGAGUCACGGCAAGCGCAACCGGGCGGACUUCCUGCGCGAAGCGAGCGUCAUGAUCCGGUUGCGGCACCACUGUAUUGUGCGGCUCAUCGGCAUUUGCAAGGGACCGCCGCUGAUGAUGAUCGAGGAGCUGGUGCCGCUGGGCUCGAUGCUGGAUUACAUAAUUACACAAAAGGCCAAGAUCAACCCGAAGCACGAGCUGAUCAUCUGGGCGGCGCAGAUUGCGUGUGGAAUGCAAUACCUGGAGCAGCACCACUUCGUGCACCGGGACCUCGCCGCCCGCAACAUCCUGCUGGCAUCGCGCUUCCAAGCUAAAAUAUCCGACUUUGGGCUGUCCCGUGCGAUCGGCGCCGGCGACGACUACUACCGGGCCAGCCAGGGUGGAAAGUGGCCUAUCAAAUGGUACGCCCCGGAAAGCUUCAACUACGGCACCUUCUCGCACGCCAGCGACGUGUGGUCCUUCGGCGUGACGAUGUGGGAGAUGUUUUCGCUCGGGGCGCCCCCGUACCACGACAUGAAGGGCGUCGACGUGAUCAAGCUGAUCGAGGACAGCCAGCGGCUGGCGCAGCCCGAGCUCUGCCCGGACAAGGUGUUUGAGGUGAUGAAGAGCUGCUGGAACUACAACCCGAAGGCCAGGCCGACGUUCAAGUUUCUGACGCGCUUCUUCAGCGACGACAUCGAGUACACGAACCUGCAGGACAUGGUCCAGAGCGGCAAGGAGAUCAACGCGAAUCAGUAGGGAGUUGUGGGGUUCAGUUAGUCAGCCUAUAUUUAUUUGCCAUUAAUGACAAAAGCGAAAAAACAAUACCUGUUUCAUACUAACACCAUUCCUGUGCUCUUUUGAAAAGAGAAAGAUAAAGAGUAACUUGCAAUUUUGUAACCAGUCGUGUCAUACCGUAUGAUCAAAUCAACCAACAUGUGAAGGAAAGCAACAACAAAAAAAACCCUUUUUAACUCUAGACUAACUUAUUUCGAAAAAGUAUCUGUGUGUAUUUUUUAUGCGUUUAUGUGCCUUCCCGAUGAGAUGAGAAAGUGUGAGUAUUGUUUUGUGUUUGUAUCUUGUCUCUAUUGUAUUGUUCGGAACAGAUUUCCUAAGAAAAACCACGUGCUAUAAUAGGUAGGGCAAUUGAUGGGAUGAUGAUUUUAGUAAGAGAGAAAGAAUGAGAUUUCAAGGGUCACGCGAUGUGUUGAAAAGGGCAUCCAGCAACGUAUUGAUGAGUAUAUUCUUAUAGACAUACCAAUAAAUGGAUAUAGUUGAAACUAACCUUA